AUUUACAUAUCUGCUCAACAUAGUGCUCUUCGGAUCCAUUUGCGUUUGGUCGCCCGACAUAAACCGCUGCUCAGAUUGCUCAUAGCCAAGUUGCGGUUAACUCGGUCGGUACUCUCUCUCUCUCUCUCUCUCUCUCGCACUCGCCGCACUCCCUUGCAGCGCUUACUGGGCAUCAAUGGGUUCCAGUGCCGAUCACAUGGCCGUCGACGAAACUCCUCCUCCGCAACCUUCGGAGAAUCUUGCUUGUUCUCCUCCUCCUCUUCCGCCCCCGUCUUCCCCUUCCGUCUCCAUCGAGUGUUCCGGAUCUCAAGCGGAAGGGUUUGUUAUGAAGUCGAUAACUGCUUCCAAAGAAGAUCGAGUAAAGGGACCAUGGUCGCCGGAGGAAGACGCCAUUCUUAGCCGGCUUGUUGCUAAGUUUGGGCCCAGAAAUUGGAGCCUUAUCGCGAGAGGUGUUCCUGGGCGUUCCGGAAAAUCUUGCCGGCUUCGGUGGUGUAAUCAACUCGAUCCUCAUGUGAAAAGGAAACCCUUCACCGAAGAAGAAGACCGCAUUAUAAUUGCUGCUCACUCCGUUCACGGUAAUAAGUGGGCAGUAAUUGCAAGGCUUUUAGAAGGUAGAACUGACAACGCUAUAAAAAAUCAUUGGAAUUCUACACUAAGACGCAAAUGCAUUGAAUUCGAAAGCUCUAAACCAGCACCUUGUGAAGGGCAGGAAGAUAAUAGUGCUGAUAUUUUAGACAAAACUAAAGGAUCUUCAGAGGAAACUCAAUCUUUUGAGGAUGUUAAGGCCAUCACAAGCACAGAAGGAAGAGACAUUAGUUCAGUAGAAAGCUUAUCCCAUUAUUUUGAAGACAGAGCAAACACAGUUGGACCUGAAUUUAAACAGCCAUCUGCCAUUUUUCGACCUGUUGCUAGAUUAAGUGCCUUCAGCCCUUAUCAUCCAGGUCUCAGCCACGCUACUACUUCUUUACUAUCAAGAGCUUCCCCACUGAAUGCUUCACUCUUUCGAGUUUGCAUGUCAGGCUCUGGAGAUUGCAAGUUGCUUGAUAACAUUCUUUGGGAACCCCAAGUGCCAUCCAGGUGUGGGCAUGGCUGUUGUGGGACUAAAACCAGAGAUCAAAAUAGCAGCUCUUUGUUGGGUCCUGAGUUUGUUGAGUUUGUCGAGUCUCCACCCAUCUUGCAUCGUGAAAUAGCUUCGAUGGCGAACGAGUUGAGCAAUGUUGCUUGGCUUAAGAGUGGAUUGCAAACAGGCAUAUACAGCAGUUGUCAGGCUAAUCCAUCAAGCAGUUCAUGCACUGCAAGUACAUGUUAAAUGUUACUGAAAGAUUCCUCUAGUCUUUGGAUGAAAUGGGUGUCAUCAAAUUAUUCUGCAAUAUAAAUGGAAAUAUUAUUUCUGAAUGCCUGAUAAGCUACUUCAGGAAAAUUGUACUUUUGAGGCAUAAACCAGAGGUUUCUUUUCUUGUAGUA